ACAGUGCUGCAUAUUAAUUUAAUAUUAAUUUAUAUUUCAUGUUUUUUUCCUCCCAUGAUGCUCAGCGGUGUUCUUAUUUUCACUUUCACUGUUUUCCACCAUCAGCUCCAUUUCCAGCUCCCAGACAAACUGCAUUCCUCAUAGUCUCCCUGUAGGCCAUGUGCCUCUUGGCUCUCCUUGUGUGGGUUACAACAGCUUUAGCUGGAGUUCCACAUGCCAGCAGAGAAGAUGGGCCUUUGUUUCCACAGGCAACCAAUGGACAGCCAUUCCCAUGGAACAAGAUGAGACUUCCACAGGCUGCUUCCCCCCUCCACUACGACCUCCUCAUCCACCCCAAUCUCACUAGCUUAGACUUUGCUGGAAGUGUGAAGAUCCAAGUGGAGGCCCAUGAGGAAACCAACACCAUUGUACUCCACAGCAAAGAUCUUAACAUUACCAAGGCAGCACUGCUGGCUUCACCUGAAGGUGAAGGUCAGAUUGUGAAAGUGCUGGAGUAUCCGGCCUACCAGCAAAUCGCUCUUGUCAGCGAUAGCACAGUGCUGAAGAAGGGUGGCGUUUACUUUAUCGAGCUGGAGUUUGUAGCCAAACUCUCUGACAGCUUCAACGGGUUUUACAAAAGCACAUACCAGACCAGGGAAGGGGAAGAGAGGAUUCUGGCCUCCACCCAGUUUGAGGCGACCAGUGCUCGUUUAGCUUUCCCCUGUUUCGAUGAGCCAGCCUUCAAAGCUAACUUCUCCAUCCGCAUCCGCCGAGAGAGCAGACACAUCUCCAUCUCCAACAUGCCAAAGCUGAGGACACUGGCACUUCCUGAUGGCCUGUUUGAGGACCAGUUUGACGUCACUGUGAAGAUGAGCACGUACCUGGUGGCCUUCAUCGUGUGUGACUUCCUUUCCAUCAGCAAGAACACCGAGCAUGGGGUCAAGAUCUCAGUGUACACCGUACCAGAGAAGAUAGACCAGGCCGAGUUUGCGCUGGAUGCUGCAGUGAGGCUGCUGGACUUCUAUGAUGAUUACUUUGACAUUCCCUAUCCUCUCCCUAAGCAAGAUCUUGCUGCAGUCCCAGACUUCCAGGCUGGAGCUAUGGAGAACUGGGGACUGACGACUUAUAGAGAGUCCGCCCUGCUCUUCGACCUCCAGAAGUCCUCUGCCUCCAACAAGCUGGCCAUCACUACUAUCAUAGCGCAUGAGCUUGCCCAUCAGUGGUUUGGAAACCUGGUGACGAUGCAGUGGUGGAAUGAUCUCUGGCUGAAGGAGGGAUUCGCCAAGUUCAUGGAAUUUGUGUCUGUUAACAUCACCAACCCUGAGCUGCAAGUGGAGGACUCUUUCCUGCGAAAGUGCUUUGAGGCGAUGGAAGUGGAUUCUUUAAGCUCCUCCCACCCUGUGUCCACCCCUGUGGAGAACCCGGCUCAGAUCCAGGAAAUGUUCGAUGAUGUGUCUUAUGAAAAGGGUGCUUGCAUUCUGCACAUGCUGAGGGAGUUUCUGACCCCGGACCACUUUACAUCUGGCAUCGUUCACUAUCUGAAACAAUACAGCUACCAAAACACGGUCAACACUCACCUGUGGGAAAGUCUGACCACUAAGAAGCAGCACUCUGAGGACGAUCUAGACAUUAAGGCGAUGAUGGAGACAUGGACACUGCAGGAAGGCUUCCCACUCAUCACAGUGGAUGUCAAGGGUCGUGAAGUGCGCCUAAACCAGGAGCGGUACCUGAAGGGCGAGGACCCCUCCCGAACUUCUGGGUUUCUUUGGCACGUCCCGCUAACCUACGUCACCAGUAACUUGGCCACUGUCCAUCGGUUUCUCCUGAAGACUAAGACAGAUGUGCUGUACCUGCCUGAAGAAGUGGACUGGGUGAAGUUUAACGUGGACAUGAGCGGAUAUUACAUCGUCCACUAUGAGGGGUCGGGCUGGGACGACCUCAUCACUCUGCUCAAACACAACCACACCGCCCUCAGCAGCAACGACCGGGCCAGCCUCGUCAAUAAUGUCUUCCAGUUGGUCAGUGUGGGGAAGCUACCGCUGGACAAAGCUCUUGACCUGACGCUGUAUCUGAGCCAUGAGACGGAGAUCAUGCCUGUGAUGCAGGGCUUCAGUGAACUUGUCCCGCUCUACAAACUGAUGGAGAAAAGGGACAUGGAGGCGCUGGAGAACCAGAUGAAGGGCUACAUCAUGCAUCUGUUCCGUGGGCUGAUAGACCGGCAGGCGUGGACUGAUGACGGUUCAGCGUCUGAGCGGAUGCUGCGCAGCUACCUGCUCCUCUUCGCCUGUGUGAGGGGUCACCCGCCCUGUGUCUCCACCGCCACCCAGCUCUUCAACAAGUGGAAGAAGUCUGACGGCAACAUGAGUCUUCCUAUCGACAUCAGCCAUGCGGUGUUUACAGUUGGUGCUCGCACUGAGGAGGGUUGGGACUUCCUGUUCAAGAAGUACCGCGAGUCCCUUUCUACGUCACUAAAGAGCCGAAUCAAAUCUGCCCUGUCCUCCUCUCCGCUCGCUCACAAACUCAUAUGGAUGAUGAAGCAGAGUUUGGAGGGGUCACUGAUGAAGACGCAGGACCUUCCGUAUGUUGUGACGUCAGUCAGCAACAACCCUAAAGGCUAUAAACACGCCUGGGACUUCCUGAGGGCCAACUGGCACUCGCUGGUGAAGAAGUUUGACCUCGGCUCUCACUCCAUUGCACACAUGGUAACAGGUGUGACCAGUCAGUACUCCACCAGAGAGAUGCUGGAAGAGAUUCAGGAAUUCUUCGGUUCCUUAACUGCUGAGACGGGCGCUGAGCUGCGUUGCAUUCAGCAGGCUCUGGAGAAUGUGGAGGAGAACAUUCGCUGGAUGGAAAAGAACCUCCUGCUGCUCCAAGCCUGGCUGGACAAAAACCAUCCAGAACCAGCCCAGCUAGAUGACCAUUUCAAACACUCAGAGCUGUGAAGCCCUUGACCGCACAAGACUGUACUAGAUGACUGAACCGAGAAGCUACAGUGUGCUCCAUAUGUUUGAGAAAUAUGUUUGAGGACCUGCUGAAUGAUGAACUCUGCUGAAAUGUGUGAUUAGUUUGAGGGACACACUGCUGUUCCACCAUUUUUUCAAAAUAUCUGCUUAAAUUAAUGGUUAAGAUACACACAAAGUCAUUCAGAGUGGUUUGGUGUGAAACUCUCUUCUUAUUCACAGUGGUGGUGAUGGCAACCAGACGUCCUCCUCUUAACUCACAGCACUCAUAAAUGCUUAUGAGUAGUCUGCCUGAUGUCUGUUUUCCAAAGGUUUUGCAGAGAUUUGGGUCUAAAACGUAUUUUCUAUGCAUUCAUGGUGGUGGGGUACAUUCAGGACAUUAUUAGGCAAAAUUACCAUCACCAGUAUUACAUAUAAAACCUCAGAAGACACCUGUAGGUUCACUGGUGGUCUUGGAUAAUAAAUAAUAUAGCUAUAUUUGUGUUGUAGACAUGGUGACGCCUGGUUCUUAUAACCACCAUUGUAAAGAAAUCUGAAUUUCUCUGCAGUGAACCAUCAACCACAUUGAAUAAUAAAAUAUCAGUGGAAUUCCCCUCAAAACUAACUCUUCUUACUUCAGAGUAACUUUUUGUAAGAAUUUGAAGAACGUGAGGAAAAAAAAUGAAACUGGCCAUCAUUGCUGUCAUUUUUUGCAGCAGAUUGAGGCUUUAAAAAAAAAGGUAGAAAAACGGCUGUAAUUAACCACAGAAAAUGUGAGAAGACUGAAAGAAUCAAAACAAAACAGCAAAACAGUUCACACAGUAGACUAGCUUAGGUGGUUUCUGAUACUGUGACAAAGUUUUUAGCUAUGCUAACAUACUUUGUCCAUUUUAUAGAUAACAGUGUGUCAUACAGUGGCAGAAACCACAUGAACAUGUCAAACAGAGAUGACUGAACAAACUUACAUGGCAUGAAGUAAGUGUGAAAUGAUUUAGGUAGUCAGUUUAUAUGAUGCUAAAUGGCUAAUUCCACAUAAGCCUCCACUGCUUGUUAGCUAUAUUAGCCUCAUAGCUCCAGUGCAAAAGUAGCACACCAAAUGUGACUUUGCUGAUUGACGACAUUACGGUGUACGAGGAAAAUAGAGUAAAUAACAUUUUUCACCAACUGUUUCUUUGAUUUUCUUACAUUUUCUGUGAUUAAAUACAAGCAUUUCAAUCCGCUUUCUGGAGGAUGGUGGGUUUGAGAAUGUCUCUGGUGGUACACCGUAUGUGCUGUUCCUCAUUUGAGGACGGUUUUUGUUCAGGGUAAAACUGUCAUAGAGAAGGUAGUUCUGUAAUUCUUAUUUUGCAUUAUUUUUAUUUUUAUUUUUUGUAGUACUUCUCUGAGACGCACCAAGAAGAGCUGCUGUAUUUUGCUUGUUUUUUGUGUGUUUUUCUUUUUCUUACAGUUUUCAUUAUUUGUCAGUUUUAAAAGGACCUUCCGGGAUGUGAGUCUUCAUGCUGAUAUGCUAAAUUAAACAUUUGGAUAAUUUAAGAUGUAAAAUUGUUGGAAAUAAAAUGUGUCCGAAUUGGAAUUCAA